CUCUCUUCAAGAUAAAGAACAGAAAUCUCAGAUAAAAUUAAAAUCGAAGCUCUAUGUAACUUAUGCCUCUUUAGGAUCUUGAACUCCCAUAGUAUCUUCUCCAUCUUCGUUUCUCUGCAACGAAAUUCGGAUCGAAGAAGGGAAGCCAUGGUCGAGACUAGGCGAAGCUCAGCUACAUCCAAACGUUCUCUUUCUACUUCAGGCACUUCUCCCCCACCUAACGGGAAACGCUCAAAGGUGACGGAGGCGUCUUCAACAACAACCGAGGUUUCUUGUGCUUCGCCGGCGAAAAUACUAGACUCGCCCAAAGACUCUGGGUCUGAAUCUCAUUACCCAGAAGUUCUCCCCUCUGAUCUGUCGUCUACACUUGAUCAUUCCAGGGAAUCCGAUGCAAGUGAUGCCACCGUGAAAGAGAAAUCCCCAGAAUUGGGCGGAGAAUACAAGGCUCUGCCUUCAUCUUCAUCUCUAGACAGUCCCGAUGCCGAGGCCGACAAGUUGGUGAAGUUAGUUGGCGAGGAAUUGAAUCGAGGGAGGAAAGGGUCUGCAAAGGGUCGUGCGAGUGUUCCAUGGGGAAAGCUCCUCUCCUCGUGGUCGCAGAAGAAGCCCCUGCUCAUUUCUGGAUCUACUUUCACAGUUGGUCAUGGCCACAAUUGUGACUUACAGCUGAUGGAUCCAUCUGUCAGCUCAAUUCUGUGUAAACUGAGGCACAAAGAGAAAGGAGGUUCAUCUAUUGCUUUACUGGAAAUCUCAGGGAGAAAGGGUGUUGUCCAAGUAAAUGGCAAAAUUAUUAAGAAAAAUUCCCCGGCCAUCCUUAGGGAAGGGGACAAGGUGGUUUUUAAUUCAUCCGGUAAACAUACGUAUAUUUUCCAGUUGCUCACAAAUGAUAAUGUAGCUAUUACUCCUCUGCGAACUUCUGUUAGCAUUUCACAAUCUCAGAGUGCUCCAGUUAAGGGAAUCCAUCCUAGGACGAGGUCUGGAGACCCAUCGGCUGUUGCAGGAGCAUCAAUAUUAGCAUCUUUAUCAAAUCUCAGAAAUGAUUUGUCACUUAUUCCAUCAUCUGUGGAAGAUGGGGAGGAUGUAGAACAGCAGGGUGGGGAAAAGCCUGCACUUCCUUCUGCCUCUGGUUGUGUAGAAUUGGAGAACCCUGAUCCUGAUCUUGAUGUCAGUUGCCAUGCUAGAAAGAGUAGUCCUGAACAUAAUGAGAAGGCUGGUAUUUCAUCAAGCGAGAAAGCUGCUGUUCUGUCUCCUGACCUUGCUGCCAAUGACUCCUUGCAUGUUGAUGAGAUGGACUUGGAUACUCAUCUUGCCUCAGAGAUUCAGAAGAUUCCUGGGACAAGUUAUGAACGAAGGACACUUUUGCAGAUGCUUGCAGGAUCAUCUACUUCGGAACUUUAUUUGAGUGGAGGCAUUUUGAAAACACUUUAUGAGCUAAGGAGAAAUGGAGAACUUCCCAAGGAUUUGGAUCAAACUACAACUUCAUCCUCAGCUAGGCGGCAAGCAUAUAAGGACAGUUUACAGCAAGGAAUUCUUACUUCUAACAACAUUGAGGUCUCCUGGGAUAGUUUCCCAUAUUAUUUGAGUGAGACCACAAAAAAUGUUUUAAUUGCAUCGACAUAUAUUCACUUGAGGAGUACUAAAUUCGUGAAGUAUACAUCAAAUCUCCCUACUGUGAGCCCGCGGGUGUUGUUGUCAGGUCCUGCAGGUUCUGAAAUAUAUCAAGAAACGUUGGGAAAGGCACUAGCCAAACAUUUUAGUGCUAGGUUGCUCAUAGUUGAUUCUCUUCUGUUGCCUGGUGAACUGGCAACAAAGGAGUCAGAAUCCGUAAAAGAAAGCUCAAGGUCUGAAAAAUCAAGCAAAAGUGUGUCUACUAAACAGGGGGUUGCCUUAUCACACAGGAAACCAGCUUCUAGCAUUGAAGCUAAUAUUAUUGAGACAUCUACUUUUAGCUCCCAAUCUCUGCCAAAGGAGGCAUCUUCUGCAUCAUCUAAGAUGUGCACUUGUAAAACAGGUGAUGGAGUAAGGUUUGUAGGUUCCACACCAUCAUCUGGGUUAUCUCUCCCGGCUCCUUCAAGGGGACCAAGUAAUGGUUGUAAAGGCAAGGUAUCCUAUGCUUUUGAAGAAAAUGCAUCGUCGAAAGUUGGAGUAAAAUUUGACAAACCAAUCCCAGAAGCUGAUUCAUUUUGUUUAGACAGCUCUGGAAGUGAUGAGAUUGACAAACUUGCUAUCAAUGAACUGUUUGAGGUGGUUUCUCUUGAGAGUGGAAGUAGUCCAUUGAUAUUGUUCAUAAAAGACAUAGAGAAGUCUAUGGCAGUAAACCCAGAGGCCAAUGCCAAUUUGAAGAGUAAGCUGGAAAAUCUUCCAGAGAAUGUAGUUGUUUUUGGCUCACAUACUCAGAUGGACAACCGUAAGGAGAAGUCACAUCCUGGUGGUCUUCUGUUUAGAAAGUUGGGAAGCAGUCACACAGCUCUACUUGAUUUUGCUUUUCCGGUACUGCAAAAACUUAAGUUUUUCUUUAUUUAUUUAAAGUGA